GUCAACCGUACAAUCAUAUGACAUGUUCAAGCACGCCACCAACGAACUCGAAAGUCUAGCCUUAUUUAACACAACUACUAAACAUGAAAAACAUCAAACAUGUCACUUGAUAUCGAACCCAUCAUGUCUUCCAAUGGUGAACCAACUCCUUUCGAGGUGCAAGACUUGAUACCCAUCAUCGACUACUCCUUACUCACCUCGGGUUCUGCUAACGACCAUGCAAAAGCCGUCCAAGAUAUAGGCAAGGCUUGUGAAGAUUGGGGUUGUUUCAUGCUAGUGAAUCAUGGGGUACCGGAGACUUUGAUCCAAGAGAUGAUGGACAUGUCAGCCGCGUUUUUCAAUAUGACGAACGACGAAAAGCUUGAGUUUGAAGCUCAUGGUGUUUUAGAUCCCAUUAGAUGCAGCGCGGGCCUCAAUCUAGUCAACCCGAACAAAGACACGUUGUGGAGGGAGUAUCUUCGACUCAUUGUGCAUCCAGACUUCAAUUGUCCUUACAAACCUCCGGGUUUCAGUGAACUUGCAUCCGAAUAUGUCAAAAGGACGAGAGCCGUUGCAAUGGAGUUGGUGAAAGGGGUGUCAGAAAGCUUAGGAUUUGAAGCGUUGUAUAUGAACCGCGAACUAAAUCUAGAUGCGGGUUUUCAGUUGUUAGCAAUCAACUACUACCCAUCUCACGUGGAGUUUGACGUUUCACGAGGGUUGAUGCCGCAUACGGACCAUGGCCUUUUGACUCUCCUUUGUGAAAAUGGUGUUCCGGGCCUUGAAGUUAUUCGUGGCGGGAAAUGGGUUGGUAUGGGUGGUGUUCCAAACGCUUUCUCCGUACUCAAUGCAGACCAUCUCGAGAUUUUUAGCAACGGGAAGUAUAAGAGUAAGCUCCAUAGAACAGUGGUGACGGACAAGCGUAAAAGGAUCACACUUGUAAACCCGAACGGUCCAUCACUUGACACCAUUGUAGGCCCGUCAUCGAGGAUUGUGGAUGGCGAAAAACGUCUCCCUCGUUAUCAUCCUAUGAAAUUUAGUGAAUACCUGGAGUGCCAAACUAAACUUAUAACAGCAGGAAAGAAUGCCUUAGAUGAAAUUCGAAUUCCUAUUUAGCCACCACGCAAAUGACAAUGAAUUGUAUUAUGCAAAGUCGAUUGAUCCUAAAUGAACGCAUGUUCUUCAAAUGUAAUAAGCUACAAACAUUUAUGUUUACCAGUCAACUCAACCCGAUUAGAUAUUA